CUUCGACUUUGCUCUACUGAGGACACCCACACAAACGCUCUCUUUUCGUGGGGUUGUGUAUAGCGAACAUGACAACACACAUACACAGACAUAUGCAAACAACAGUGACAACACACACAUACAUGCACACACGUAUACACAAACACAAACACACCCACACAGAACACAGACACGGACACACUCGCACGCACUCGUACGCACACGCACACGCACGCGCACGCGCACGCGCACACGCGCACACAUAGACACGCACGCACACGCACACGCACACGCCCAACCAGAGUUGUUGCUAAGCUCUUUUACAUGCUGGAGGUUGGACUCUGCAUCCUGAAGGUUGGUCGCUGAGGCUUGGGCAAUGCAUUGCGUCGAGGCAUUUGGACAACCGCGCCCCGAUGACUGAUGACUGAAGGUGCUGGUGAAGCGGGCGUCAGCCAGGAGGAGGCUAUAAUUAGAUCGCUGUGCGGUAAAAAGCCAAAGCGAUCUGUAACUCUGCUCAGUCUGUGGUCAGCGCCAUCUCCAGCGCUGCUUGCUGUGUGGCAAAGGCCGUCUACAACGCUGCGAAGGUGAGGAACGACGAUGGCGGAGGCACCUCCUUCUGCGAAAGUUGUGGGAGGAACGAAGGGUGGAGCAGCUGCGAUCGCAGGGAGCACUGAGGACGCGACGCAUACUGGCAAGGCAAAAGGGGGACCAUUGUCAGCACCUGCAGUGGGGAAGCCUAAGCUCACCAAGGCAGAGCGCAGGGAGAAGCAGGAGGCCGAGAGGGCUGCCAAGGCUCUGGCGAAGGCAGCGGGCGGCGGCGGAAAAGUUGUUGUGCCAAGUGGUGGUGGCGGUGGUGUGCAACUGCAGAAAGCUUCUGCCACUGCACCACAGAAAGCUUCUGCCACUGCUGAGGAGUGCACCAAGCGAAGUCCAGCGGGACAAGCAGUGAGUAGAAAAGAUGGAGGAGGAGGAGGGGAGAAGAAGGUAUUGCACCGUCUGCCAUCCACCCCGAAAUCUGAGGACAAGUUGAAAAUGGCAAAGGUGGCCGUGACAGGGAAACUCCCUGCCUCUAAGGACAUGAGGAUGGGAGGAGUUGAGCCAUUUCGGCACUUGCCGCUCUCCCUUCGCUCUGCAGCCAACCAAGCAGCUGCAGAAGAAAGGUUUUUGUUUUGUUCGGCUCUCGGCAUACAUCCUGCUGUCUACGAGCUUGGCAUGAGAUACCUGAUGGGUGGUGUUGUUGGAGAGAAUGCGCGGUGUGUGGCCUUGCUGCGAGCCUUUCAGCUGAUGAUCAAAGACUACAGCUUGCCACCUCACAGGUCCUUUGCGCGCGAACUGACCAGCAAGAUCCAGACGCAUGUGUCGUUCCUGGCCACCUGCCGCUCUCUCUCCCUGUGCAUGCUGAAUGUGAUAACUUGGCUGAAGAUGCACGUCGGCAAAAUGGAUGACAGACUGAAGGAAGGUGAGGCCAAGGAGAAUUUGAUUGCAGACAUCAGGAGUUAUGUGCAGGAGAAGGUUGUGCAAGCCGGCAAAGUAAUGGCGGGGUAUACCGUGGGGAAGAUCGACGAUGGCGAUGUCGUUCUCACGUAUAGCUGCUCCAGUGUCAUCGAGAUUGCGUUCUUCGAAGCCCAGGAGUCAGGAAAGGACUUCAGCGUGGUUGUCGUCGACUCCAGGCCGAGAUUCGACGGCCAAGUGCUUUUGCGCCGCCUUCUGCAAUGGGGCGUGAAGUGUUCGUACACACAUAUUGGGGCAUUGCCGCACGCAAUGAAGUCUGUGAACAAGGUCUUUCUGGGCGCUUCUGCCGUCCUGGCGAAUGGUGCCGUGUACUCUCGAAUAGGCUCCGCGGCAACGGCGAUGGUCGCACAUGCGAGCAACGUACCCGUGUUUAUCUGUUGCGAAACGUACAAAUUUCACGAGCGAGCGCUCCUGGAUUCCUUCUGCUACAAUGAGCUGGGCGAUCCCAGCUUGCUUGCAAAGCCUGGAGGAGGAAGUGGAAUUGGGAUGGCAAGUCACCUGGACGGCUGCGCAGAGCAAGAGCAUUUGCAUUUCGUCAACCUUAAUUACGAUUGUAUGCCUGUUGAUUAUGUCACCAUGAUCAUCUGUGAGUUGGGGAUUGUCAAGCCUUCAAGGGUACCAGUCAUUCUGAGAGAGAAUCGUUCAAAGGACCUGGUGGUUUUGUAGGCAGAUAUAAUGCGAGCUGCAUGAUCUUUUGUGCUUCCUCUCGUCGUUGCGUCCUUUCUUUCCCCCUCCUCCCCCACCCGCCCCUUCUUCUUUUGCUCGUCUCGCCUUCCCUGUCCUCUUGUUGGUUUCUUGAGUUUCCUCCCCUUUGGACUACAUGUCCCCCCCCCUCGCAACUGCCCCGCAGCUGCUUGCCCUUCUUACCCCCCUUUUCCUUUCCCUUACCCUUCUUCCUUCCUUCCCCUGUACUCCCCUUGACUACAUGUCCCCUCCCCCCACCCGCUGCCCCCUCGCUGCUUUCCCUUUUCACCCCCCUUCCCUUGAAGCACCACUACAUGCCAGCUAUUGGCCGCUGGCCCCUUUCGGAGGCCGCCCACUGCCAAUGCAUUUUAUCUACAGCGCUCGACAUCCUAAAUUUUCGGAGAGGCUCAAAACAGGUUCUCCAGUUGCCUGGUGGUAUGUACUGGUGGUUUAAACCCUCUUUUCCUUUCCCUUCUUACCUUUCUUCAUUCCUUCCCUGUACUGCCCCCCCCCCUGUCCUUUCCCGUAGCCCUUCCCCCUCUUCUCCACUUCGCCUUCCUUGUUCCCCCUCGCAAUUGACUGCCGUCCUGUGUUUAUCCGCUUCAGAGUUUCUCUUGCAUAAACACGGCAGUCGCGCGGAUGAGCAUAUUUGGAGGAAGUCUUUUCGGAUUUUAACUCUCUCGGCGAUUCCGUCGUUAGAAAAUAUUCACCAGUUCUGUUCCCUGCAUAAGCGGUCGUCUCGCACUUUCUUCUGCCGCUGUGCCACUGCUGCUGCUGCGGCAGAAUGGUGUUGCUGCUGCUGCAGAGUGGUGUUGCUGCUGCUGCAGAAUGGUGUUGCUGAGUAGAUGAGCAUGUUUGAAGUUCUUUCAAAUUGUCACUCUGAGAAGCGGUUCUUUGAAAAUGUUUGUCAGUGUCGAUUCCGAAGUCAGUAGUCUUCUCCCACUUUCUUUUGCCCACUUGUGGUAGUACUGCUGCUGCUGCUUCUGCAGGGUUACUUUUAUUUUUGUUUUUAUGUUUUCCUGCUGCUUCUGCAGUAUUGGUUUCUCUUUUUUGCGUUUUUUUUUAACUUUUUUCAACUUUUGUCUUUUUUGUUUUGUUUUGUUUUGUUUUGCGGAAGGGUAUUGCUGCAGGGAUUUAAAGAUUCUUCUGUCAAGUGCACACUCCACAUUAAUUAAUUGUUCGACUCUCGUUGAAUUUUCUUGCCUGUAGCCCGUAACAGGAAGCCCGAAGAACCAUGUUGUAUUCAGUCAAUUUAAUUUUGAUGCAUAAAUGCUGAAAAUUGUCAAUGAAUGGCGGGGUAGUGCCGUGCCAGCAGUGAAAGUGACACAGAGAAGGAGCGGAAAACGUUGAUGCUCCGCCAUGUGUAGUUUGCACUUGGAGGACAUUUGCAGUAGUUUUUCCUUCUUCUCCGUGAAGAUGCGGAGUACCAGCGGCUAGACGGUAAGAGCCCAUGCACCUGUACUCCAGGUUUGCGUUGACAACCUUCUUUUUAGUCGGUAGCAGGUUCGUCCUUGUAUGCACGAGGUUGUGCAUACUCUGAGCUGCGGGAACAGAAGAGCGAUGUGAUGCAGUGUUGCAUGCAUCUUUGUUUUUCAACAUUGUUUGCUGUGGAAAGUAGAGUUCCGCGAUGUGGAGUUUCUGAAGUUCGCAUCAUCAGAUUGCCAAUGCAGUAUCACUUCGGAUAUUACUCGACGUCGACGUAGGGACUAUUUGCAGUUUGGGUGUGUCGUCCUUCCGCGACGUAGGGACUAUUUGCAGUUUGGGUGUGUCGUCCUUCCCGCAAGGUAUGCUAAUCUUUUAUAUCCUAUCAUUGUAACUUAACAAAUGUCCCAAACGUGG